AUGGCGCUCGCCUAUAUAAGGCUAGCCACUGCAGGCCAUCGGCGCCCGGCGCAGCACGCGGGAGUUUCCGCGACGCAUACACACCUCCACCUCCUCCUCCUCCAUUCCAUGUCAGACCUCCCUGAACCCUACACCUCCGCGGAAAACGACUUCCGCUCGGACACAUUUACCACGCCGACGGCCGAAAUGAUGCAGGCCGCGUGCUCGGCAUCGAUCGGUGACGCCGUGUACAACGAGGACCUCGACACGCUAGCGCUCGAGCGCCAGGUGGCGCAGCUGGCCGGCAAGCCCGCCGGGCUGUUCUGCGUGUCCGGAACGCUGUCUAACCAGAUCGCGCUGCGUGCGCACUUGUACCAGCCGCCGUACUCGGUGCUGUGCGACUACCGCGCUCACGUGUACACGCACGAGGCCGCCGGGCUGGCGAUUCUGUCGCAGGCCAUGGUGACGCCGGUCGUGCCGUCGAACGGCAACUACCUGACGCUGGAAGACAUCCGCCGCGCGUACAUCGCGGACGACGGCGACAUCCACGGCGCGCCCACGCGCGUGGUGUCACUGGAGAACACACUGCACGGGAUCGUGCACCCCGUGGACGAGCUGGUGCGCAUCAAGGCGUGGUGCGUGGAGAACCAGAUCCGCCUGCAUUGCGACGGUGCGCGGCUGUGGAACGCGGUGAUCGAGUCCGGCGUGCCCAUGAAGCAGUUCGGCGAAAUCUUCGACUCGAUUUCCAUCUGCCUGUCCAAGUCGUUGGGUGCGCCCAUGGGCUCUGUGCUGGUCGGUGACGCCAAGUUCAUCAAGAAGUGCAACCACUUCCGCAAGCAACAGGGCGGUGGUGUGCGGCAGAGCGGGAUGAUGUGCCGGAUGGCCAGCGUCGCCGUGCAGGGUGACUGGCGCGCGCACCUGGCGCGCUCCCACCGCAUGGCGCACGAGCUGGCCGCGUUCUGCGCGACCCACGGCAUCCCGCUGGAGUCUCCCGCGGACACCAACUUCGUGUUCAUCGACCUGCGGCGCGCGCGCAUGGACCCCGACGUGCUCGUCAAGAAGGGCCUGAAAUACCACGUCAAGCUGAUGGGCGGCCGUGUGUCGUUCCACUACCAGAUCUCCGACGCCUCGCUGGAGCGCGUGAAGAUCGCGCUGCUGGAGGCCUUCCAGCACGCGCAAGAGCAUCCAUUCGACACCGAUGGCCCCACCAAGAUUUACCGCAGCGAGAGCACCGAGGUGGACAUCGAGGGCAACGCGAUUGGCGAGCUGCAGACCUACAAGUACUGA